UUUAACGAAUCGCGCCGCCCGCCCGGAGGGGAAGCCCUUCUGAGUCGUACUUCCGCGUCUCUCCGUGAGGAAGGGGAGGAAACCCUAACCCUACAUCGAUCGAUCCUAGGGCUUUGUCGAGGGAAAUGGCGACGUUCUCGGAGGCUCCUCCCGGCAAUCCCAAGUCCGGGGAGAAGAUCUUCAAGACGAAGUGCGCCCAGUGUCACACCGUCGAGAAAGGAGCCGGCCACAAGCAAGGUCCUAACUUGAACGGUCUUUUUGGGAGGCAAUCGGGCACCGUCCCUGGUUAUUCUUACUCUGCUGCAAACAAGAACAUGGCUGUGAUAUGGGGGGAAUCAACUUUAUAUGACUACCUACUUAAUCCCAAGAAGUAUAUUCCUGGUACAAAGAUGGUUUUCCCUGGUCUGAAGAAGCCUCAAGAACGUGCAGAUCUGAUUGCUUAUCUUAAGGAAUCCACAGCUUCGUAAAUCAUGUUUAGUCGGCAAUUUUGUUUGUCUAAUAAGAUUUCCAAUAAAACCUGGAAAACGGUAAUGCGUGCUUGAGUAUACAUUCUUUUUUUUCUUUUUUUUUUUUCUUUCUUUUUUGCCCAUUUUCAGGGCGCAUUCAUUUUGCUGUAGUACUUGCCGUAGUACCGUUGCAUGACACCCUAGCGGUGACCUUUUUAAGUUCCAUGCUACGGUGUUGCUGUGUUUUUACGCUGAUUUAGGUGUAGAUUUGAAAUAUCAAAUGGUUUGAAUUAUG